CCAGCCCUGUCUCGGCCCCUCUUGGAUCUGGCCGCUGCUGCCGCGCCCGUCUCCGCUGACCAAGUCCCGCGGACGUGGAGCGAAGAGGCGGCAGCAAACUGCCAAAAGAUGAAAGUGACCUUAUCUGCCCUUGAUACUACGGAGACCUUUUUCAAGCCUUUAGUAAUCAUAGAACUUGCUCGAGAUGUCAAAGAAGAGACCAGGAAGUGGCUGGAGAAAAAAAUUAAUGAUAAGAAGAAAAAUGGAGGUGCCCAGUUGUUAAUUAGACCUUUGGUAGAGAACAGUGAAGAACAAACCUCAGAAAGUAAGAAUUUGUAUCUCAUUGGUGCCUCCACCAUCAGGUUGUUGCUUGGAGCAGAAUCAGUGGGAUUAGUGAAAGAAUGUAAUGACCACACCAUGAGAGUGUUCACUUAUGAAACCAGACAGAACUUCAGAGGCUUCAGUGAUGAUAAUGAUGAUUUCCUUACAAUGGCUGAGUGUCAAUUUAUUAUCAAACAUGAACUUGAAAAUCUUAGAGCCAGAGAUGAAAAAAUGAUCCCUGGCUACCCCCAGGCAAAGCUCUAUCCAGGAAAAUCAAUCUUGCGGAGAUUACUGACUUCUGGCCUCGUGACUCAGGUCUUCCCUCUUCACGAUAGAGAGUCUCUAAAGAAGCUCGAGAACACUUGGUACAAUCGAUUCAAGAUGAAGUAUCAGCCUCUGGACGGCAUCCGCGCUUACUUUGGAGAAACCAUCGCCCUUUACUUUGGCUUCCUGGAGUACUUCACGUUGGCCCUGAUCCCCAUGGCGCUCAUCGGGCUGCCGUACUACAUCUUUGACUGGGAGGACUACGACAAGUACGUGAUCUUCGCCUCCUUCAACCUCAUCUGGUCCACCGUGAUCCUGGAGGUGUGGAAGCGCGGCUGCGCCCUCAUGACCUACCGCUGGGGGACGCUGCUGAUGAAAAGACAGUUCGAAGAGCCGCGGCCGGGCUUCCACGGGGUGCUGGGCAUCAACCCCAUCACCGGCAGGGAAGAGCCGCUGUACUCCAGCUUCAAGAGACAGCUGCGCAUCUAUCUGGUGUCUCUGCCCUUCGUGUGUCUCUGCCUCUACUUUUCCCUGUACGUGAUGAUGAUUUACUUUGAUUUGGAGACGUGGGCUCAGGACGUGCACCGCGACAGCAACUAUCCCGAACUGACCAGCUUCCUCCUCUUCCUGCCCAGCAUCAUCUACGCCAUUGUGAUCGAAAUCAUGAACCGUCUCUACCGCUUUGCUGCAGAAUUUUUAACCUCCUGGGAGAAUCACAGGCUGGAGUCUGCCUAUCAAAAUCACCUCAUCCUCAAAGUUUUGGUGUUCAACUUUCUAAACUGUUUUGCAUCACUCUUCUACAUUGCCUUUGUGAUGAAGGAUAUGAAACUUUUGCGACAGAGCUUGGCUACUCUGCUGAUUACGUCUCAGAUUCUGAACCAAAUCGUGGAAACCCUCCUUCCCUAUUGGCUCCAGAGGAAGUACGGCCUCCGGGUGAAGAAGAAGGUGCAGGCUUUAAAGGCCGAGGUGGACGCCCCCCUGUACGAACAAAUCAUCCUGGAAAAAGACAUGGGCACUUACCUGGGCACCUUUGAUGAUUACUUGGAGCUAUUUUUGCAGUUUGGAUAUGUGAGUCUUUUCUCAUGUGUCUACCCAUUAGCAGCUGCCUUUGCCGUCCUUAAUAACUUUUCUGAAAUUAACUCAGAUGCCUUAAAAAUGUGCAAGGUCUUCAAGCGGCCAUUUGCAGAGCCUUCAUCAAAUAUCGGUGUCUGGCAGUUGGCUUUUGAGACCAUGAGUGUUAUAUCAGUGGUUACCAACUGUGCACUGAUUGGGAUGUCUCCACAGUUAAAUGCCGUUUUCCCAGAUUCAAAAAUAGACCUUAUUUUGAUGGUGGUAGCCGUGGAGGAUAAAACCAGCACCAGGAUCUGAUUUGAUACUUCUAUGUUUCCUUCAGCAAACAGGGACCGAAUAAAUGCUUUUUGGUUUGCUC